CUCAAAAUGCUCCACAAAGUGCCCUCACAAUUAUCAUUCAAGCAUGGCUUCAAAUUCUUCCAUGCACUCAAACAUGAACACCACCUGUUCGACCUUAUUCACCAACCAAAUGCUGCCUCGGUUAACUGUUCCAUGCUCAACCAUUUGCACAACCACCUUCCCUUUCAAGCUCUUGCUGCAUUUACAGACCAGUUUCGGUUGCAUUCUCUUCAAAAUGUUGACGAGGUCACCCUUGGCUUGUCCCUCAAGGCAUGUAAAGGAGAGGUGAAACUCGGAUGUCAAAUCCACGGACUCCUGGUGCGGUUUCAGCUUGUGGUCACAUGAAAAACUUAAAGCUCGGGAGGCAAAUACAUGGUUUGGCCCAGAAAGUUGGAUAUGGAACACAUGUGUCAAUUUGCAAUGUUUUGAUGUCAACUUAUUCUAAAUGUGAGGUCCCUAAUGAUGCCAAAGUUGUUUUCGAGAGCAUUAGUAAUCGGAAUGUAGUGUCUUGGACGACAAUGAUUUCUAUUGAUGAAGAAGAUGCAAUGUCUCUCUUUAAUGCAAUGAGAAUUGAUGGAGUAUAUCCAAAUGAUGUUACGUUUAUAGGACUAAUACAUUCUGUAACAGUCAGGAAUUUAGUGACAGAAGGUCUAAUGAUUCAUGGGUUAUGCAUAAAAAGCUGCUUUUUGUCAGAACAAACUGUCUCCAAUAGCCUUAUUACCAUGUAUGCCAAAUUUGAGUGCAUUCAAGAAUCAAAGAAGAUUUUUGAGGAGCUUAAUUGUCGUGAAACAGUAUCGUGGAAUGCAUUGAUUUCAGGGUAUGCUCAAAAUGGCUUGUACAAAGAAGCUUUUUGUACAUUUUUGUCUGCUAUAAAGGAGAUAACACCCAGCCAGUAUACAUUUAGUAGUGUGUUAAAUGCAAUUGCUGCUGCUGAAGAUAUAUCAUUGAAACAUGGGCAACGUUGUCAUUCUUACUUGCUCAAACUUGGUUUAAACACCGACCCAACUGUUUCAGGGGCUCUACUUGACAUGUAUGGCAAGCGUGGACACAUUAUUGAGUCUCAAAGAGUGUUUGAUGAGACGCUUGAACGAACCCAGUAUGCUUGGACAGCAAUAAUAUCUGCCUAUGCUCGCCAUGGAGACUUUGAGGCUGUGAUGAGUUUGUACACAGAGAUGGAGAGGGAAGGAAUCAGUCCUGACUCCAUCACUUUUCUUUCUGUUUUGGCCGCUUGCUGUAGAAAGGGCAUGGUUGAUGUAGGCCAUAGAGUAUUUGAGUGUAUGGUGAAGAAACAUUCAAUUGAGCCCACCUCUGAACAUUAUUCUAUUAUGGUGGACAUGUUGGGCCGUGUUGGACGACUAGACGAGGCAAAAAAGUUGAUGCACCAGAUUCCAGGAGGGCCUGGAUUGUCUGUGUUGCAAAGUUUGCUUGGAUCUUGUAGAAUACAUGGGAAUCUGAAGAUGGCCGAGAAAGUUGUUGCUACUUUGGUAGAGAUGGAUCCUGCAAGUUCAGGUCCAUAUGUGUUAAUGGCAAACAUGUAUGCUGAGAAAGGGAAGUGGGAGAAAGUUGCUGAAGUGCGAAAAAAGAUGAGAGGGAGGGGAGUAAAGAAGGAAGUGGGAUUUAGUUGGGUGGAUGUUUCUGAUGUUGAUUCUUUAUAUUUGCAUAGUUUCUCCUCAGGGGAUAAGUCACAUCCAGAGUAUGAGAAUAUUUGUAAAAUGGCAGAGUUUCUGGGAUUGCAAAUGAAUUUUUUGAAAGAGAGCAGAGAGAGGGAAGGAGAGUGGUGUCAUGAGUAACAAAUCAUAAAAUAAAUGAGGAAUUAUAUUACUGAGCUCUGUACUUCUAACUUGAUCUUACUCAUUCUUUUUUUUUUCAGGUUACAUUAUGUUAAAGAAGUAUGCCCUGUAACUUUCCAAGUUUGGUUUUGUUGCUUUUGCAUUAACUAAUUUUCUUGCAAAAAGAAAAGCAUCGAGAAAAAUAUAUUAAACAUUU